AUGUCUGUGGGAGAUGUGUUUGCGAGAGCUGAAGUCCUUGACCACAACAACGAGACCAGUAUAACAAUCAUAUAUAGUGACAAAACAAAGUCAUUAGCAAAAGCCUGCCAGUGGAGGGCUGGAGGGAGGCAGGAAUACAUGACAAAGCUGUUUGAUGAUGCUGAACUCUCCAAAAAUAACAUUCACGUCCCUGGAACGCGCCAAGAAUACACGACGCGACUUGGGCUUUGUUGCACGCAUAUGAUGCCUCCAUUGUGGUCUUAUCAUACUCACAUACUCACUAAGUACUGCGGCCUCGAUAGCUCUGUAUGCUUCCAACCUGUACUUACUCUUGUAGACUCUUGUGUGAAUCCCAGAACAAAUCGCCACAGCCUAUCCUUCUUCACCAACACAUAUACCCCAAUCCGAUGCCCUCCCGCCAACCAAGGAUGGACGCUAUUCCAGAAUUUCUAUAUGUCGAAUGGGACAUUAUUCCCCAUCAUACCCAACUCAUCAUACACCCCUUCAACAGGCAACUCUGAGUCAUACAGCACCAUGAAAGUCGACGGCUUAUUACCUGAGAUCAGGAUGAUGACUAGCACGGGGCUCAUGGCACUCAAUACUCCAGAUAACAUUGUGCAGAGGGAACCUACAGAACAGGAGAUGCGCUUUUUGAGUGUACUUGAGGCAGCGGAAAUGUGGGGUAAAGAAGGCGAGGAAAAGAGAGUUUGGACGGUUGAUGGGAAUACAGCGUCCAAGCAUUCUGGCAUGGCUUCUUCUCCUUGCCCACAUCCCAUAACCCCAUGUCUUCUUCAAUCCACCCCACGCCUCUGCGAAUACAUUGGGCCAUAUUCAUACACUCAGACGCGAAUGGAUGGCGAGACGACCCUGGGUUCAAUGCAUACUUCCUUUGAGUGGCCUUUCCAUCUCUUACAGUGGAACACCAGGAAGACUGGGGUGAUUGAGUGUCUGCUAGCAUUGAGUCGCCUUUCACCAGCAAGGACAUUGAGAGGGAUUUGUGUGGGUGGGUGGUGGGAUCCUGUGAGGGAGGCAAUCUGGCGAUUUGUGGGUGUGAAGAUGGGGAAUUUGUCUGUUGUGUUGCCUUUGAAUGAGGGGAACAGUGUGGAAUUGGUGAAGGGGUUGCAGAUUGGAGAUCAUGCUCGUCUCGUCGGAGUGUCAGGGGUGAUGUUGCUCAUGCCAGAAAAGAUCGUCAUCACUUAUAUUUCGCGACAGAGUGCACAUAAGCAGAGGCUCUUGAAGGAGGAUCAUGAGGCACUUGUUAAGGAGCUGAAGAGGGAGGCUGGUGGUGGUGGAGAGAAGGAGUUGGUCAAGGGUGGGGGAGUCAAUCGCAAGUGGGCUCCAAUGGCAGAGGCAAGCAAGUCUUCCCAGCAGCAACCAGAGUGGGAACUCCAAGUCCUCGAAGCAGAACAUAUGACCAAAGAUGAGCAAGUCCGCGCUGCUUCUCGGACAACUGUGUACACGGCAACAGCCUAA